AAAAUAAAGGGGAAUAAAACCCGGGAACAAAAGUCACGCGACGUUGAGAGAAUGUCGCGGCUUCGGAUGAGUCAACUCGCAAAAUCGACGGGGAGAAAGGGUUUUUUUUUCUACUGUCAAUAUGAAUAAAUGACGAGGCAAUUGAAAAAUCGGUUUUGUAUUAUUGCGGAUACCUUCGUACUUCCAUUUUCCUUCGGCUUCAAGAAUCAGCUGUUUACGGCCAUUGAAUCAUUGCUCCAACGAUUGCUGCGUAAUUAUAGGCGAAAUGAACCGAGAUAAUUCAGGGAAUGGGAAACGAUCACGCCCUGAAGACAUUGAGGACAACGAUAAUUCGAACGGUAAAUCUUUUUCCAAGAUCCAUUAAUUUUCGCACUUUCAUGACUUUGUUCCCAUUCCCUCGAUCCGUUUUUCCCUCGUUAGCAGUUAAAAUCAAGAAGGAGAUCGAGGAUGACGCUGGGAUUCCCAGUAUUUCCGGGAUUUUCGAUGCUAUCGAGUUCAAGGAUCACCUCGGGGAAGAGGUGCCCUUCGAGCAAUUGGCAACACCUGGAUCCCGUGAUGUGAAAUUACUUCUGAGGUUCGUCAGCACAAUUCCCACGGAAAUGCAGAGACUCAUUGAGAAAAUUCGCGAUAUUAAGAAUAUUCUUGAGGUCAGAAUGACCUGUCCCACUGCCAUCACAACUGGAAAGAAUUUUAUCAACAAAUAUACGACUGAUUUACCUUUGAAAACUCUUCAAGGGUUCGAGGCCUUUGAUGACAAGCUCAAGACUCAUGACGAAUAUCUAAAUGAUUUCGUCAGGAUAUUUAUUCAUCGGCUAUUUCAUUCACUGAAUUCCCCCCACUCUUGCACCUCCUCAUAGUAACGAAAUUCCUGAGAAGGUUAUGUACAUGUCAUGUUCUAUAUAAACCCUCCGAGGGGGAAAAUACCUUUAUACAU